GUCGAGGCGUAAAUCAUGUGCCCCACAGCGGUAGUACAGCGUCGUACCACAUUGGGGAAGCGGUAACAGACUAAUAGCAGUAGAAUAGCACGGACUAAUAGAAGGUGUGGUGCCGUGGUGCAGGUGCGCCUAGGUGCUCCUCUUUCGCCGCUCGGGGUUUAAAGACUACAAGGGCUUUUUUUUUUUGGUUUUGGCUGCCAAAUUCAUUUCAUUUGCAACAUUUUGUUCCCAUUUGUCCCAUAUGUGUCCCUGACACUACAAUACCACCAAUGCCGUGUCACCGAGUUGCGAUAUUCUCGACCUCGACAAGAUAAUUUCGUCUUGUACUAUUAAUCAAUCGCCUAGCAAACCCGACUCGAUCUCUCCAACUAAGCUCUGGCGUUUUCUCGCGUCGCUUGUUCCCGUCCCCGUUUCUCGUUUUCCCCCCUUAUAUCCGCUGGUCACGUUCGAACGAAACAUGUUCAAGGGUUGACCUGGUUUAUCAUGAGAGCCGCAUUUUCGAGCGUGCUUCCUCUCGAAAUUGGGUCUAAAUACUUGAACUCGACAUCGUCGUCCUAUAUAAUACAUUAAUAGUCUCUUUACGUGUCGUCGUCGUUCGUAUUAGCGGAUGCGACGGGAAUAACCGGUGUUGGUGUAAGAAUAGGGGGACCGUCGUUGCGACCGAUCAUACACCAUGGCUUCCUCCGCGGCGGCUGGCUUCCUCGGCCGCUCGAGUAGCAAUAAUUCGAACAUGCGUGGUCUCGUACAAUUCAUCGCCGACCUUAGAAAUGCGCGGGCCAGGGAUUUGGAAGAGAAAAGGAUCAAUAAGGAGCUCGCAAAUAUUCGGCAAAAGUUCAAGGAUGGUAACCUGAGCGGAUAUCAUAAGAAGAAAUAUGUUUGCAAGUUGUUGUACAUAUACAUAUUAGGUUGGAAUGUCGAUUUCGGUCAUCUCGAAGCUGUCAACCUUAUUUCAGCCAAUAAGUAUUCCGAGAAGCAAAUUGGAUACCUGGCUAUGACGCUGUUCUUGCAUGAGAAGCACGAGUUAUUGCACUUGGUUGUCAACAGUAUACGAAAGGACCUUCUCGAUCAUAACGAGCUCUUCAACUGUCUAGCCUUACACGCAAUAGCGAACAUAGGAAGCCGGGAAAUGGGAGAGGCGUUAAGUAGCGAAGUCCACAGGCUUUUAAUCUCGCCAACUUCGAAAGCAUUCGUGAAAAAGAAGGCAGCCCUCACCCUUCUCCGUCUAUACCGAAAACACCCAGAUAUAAUCCAGCCACAAUGGGCGGAACGGAUAAUAUCUCUCAUGGACGAUGCCGAUUUAGGAGUGGCUCUCUCAGUUACCUCGCUUGUUAUGACCGUUGCGCAGGAUAACCUGGAUCAGUACAAGGGUGCCUACGUCAAAGCUGCGUCGCGGCUAAAACGAAUACUAAUUGAUGGCGAUUAUACUGCUGAUUACCUGUACUACAAGGUCCCGUGUCCUUGGAUACAGGUUAAGUUACUACGCUUGCUUCAGUAUUUCCCACCUUCAGAGGAUAGUCAUGUUCGCGAAAUGAUUCGGGAAUCUCUACAAAAGAUACUAAACCUAGCGAUGGAGACGAACAAAAACGUGCAGCAGAAUAAUGCUCAAAACGCCGUUUUGUUCGAAGCUAUCAACCUCAUCAUUCAUCUAGAUACCGAGCAUGCAUUGAUGAAACAGAUAUCUACCCGUUUGGGCCGCUUCAUAACGUCUAGAGAGACGAAUGUUCGAUACCUAGGUCUGGAAGCUAUGACACAUCUCGCGGCCCGAGCCGAAAACCUCGAUCCUAUCAAGCAGCAUCAAGACGUAAUUCUAGGCUCUCUCAAAGAUCGCGACAUCAGCGUUCGCAGAAAAGGUCUCGAUUUGCUAUAUAGUAUGUGUGAUUCGACCAAUUCUGCGCCGAUAGUUUCGGAGCUUUUGCAUUAUUUGCAAAAUGCCGAUUUUGCGAUACGAGAGGAAAUGGCCUUGAAAAUCGCCAUUUUAACGGAGAAGUAUGCAACCGACAUUCAAUGGUAUAUCAACGUUUCGCUUCGUCUGGUAGCUGUUGCGGGAGACCAUCUUAGUGAUGAGGUCUGGCAACGAGUCAUCCAGAUCGUGACAAAUAAUGAAGAACUGCAGGUGUAUGCAGCUCACAAUACCUUGCAGCACGUCAAGCAAGAUCAUUGCCACGAAACGUUAGUGAAGAUUGGUGCAUACAUUCUUGGAGAGUUCGGUCACUUGAUUGCCGAAGAUAAGGCUUGCAGUCCUGUUGAGCAGUUCUUGGCAUUAUCCAAGAAGCUGCCUGCUUGUUCAUCUAGCACUCGCGCUAUGAUCCUUUCCUCCUUCAUCAAAUUCGUCAACUUAUUUCCGGAGAUCAAGCCACAUCUCAUUCAAGUUUUCGAGAUAUAUAGCCACACAUUAGAUCCGGAAUUGCAGCAACGAGCCUGCGAAUACUUGACGCUCGCAACUCUUCCAACAGAUGAUUUACUUCGGACAGUUUGUGAUGAGAUGCCGCCAUUCCCUGAGCGACAAUCUGCCCUCCUGUCGAGACUUCACCAAAAGCACGCUGGUACUAGUGAUAAGCGGACUUGGGUGGUCGGCGGCAAGGAUGCGAACAAUGAUGCCACGGAGUUGAGCAUGGCCAAGAACCCAGGUCUCAAAAGAACCUUUAGCUCUAAUGGUCCUGUCAAUGGUAAUGGGGUGACAAAUGGUGCAGUCAACGGUGCUAAUGGCCACGCUGACCUCGCCGGUCUCGAUAUGAACGUGGGACCAGUUCCCGAGAAGCUACUCAAGGCACCAAACCUGGCCAGUGCUGCGCAUCUAUCUCCUGGUUGGGAAUCUGGGUACAACAAAUUGCUACUCAAAGCUGAUGGCGUACUUUUUGAAGAUGGACAGCUUCAAGUGGGAGUUCGCUCCGAAUACCGAGGUCAGAUGGCAUGCCUCAUUCUAUACUUCACAAACAAGACUCCUGCUACCGUGAGCUCUUUUACCACCACGCUUGAUUUGGAUGAGAGCGAGAAGCCCAAUCUGACAUGGGAUGUCAAGUCCUUGCCUGAAAGUUCCAUCACACAAGGUGGACAGUCACGACUGAUCAUCAUGUUUGAGGCGAAGAAGGUGUUUACUAAGAGUCCCACUAUUAGGAUAAGCUAUCUAGCGGGCGCCUUACAAGCUCUCACUUUGAUGCUCCCACUUACGGCUCACAAAUUCAUGGAUCCUGCGGACCUUCUGGCGGAUGACUUCUUCAAGAGAUGGAAGCAGAUUGGUGGCGCGCCACGUGAGGCUCAGCAAAUCAUUGGUCUCGCUGCUGGUAAGUCCGGAUCGCGAGAGAUUACUGAGGGCUUCAUUCGCAAGACUAUUCAAGGAUUCCGUUGGGGGGUACUCAACAAUGUUGAUCCGAAUAACAAAAAUUUCGUUGGGGCCAGUGUGCUUCACACCUCUGAAGGAGGCAAGUUUGGCUGUCUAAUGCGACUGGAGCCAAACUAUGCUUCACAGAUGGUCCGGCUUACAGUCCGUGCUACUGAUGAAAGUGUGCCUCCUGUUCUACUGAAGCUUAUGGAGGAGAGGAUAUCACAGGGGGCCUCAACAGCGCCAGAAGUGCGCGAGGGGCCAUCGCGUCAGGAGAUAUCAGAUACCUUCGGUAAUAUAAUGGUUCAGUAAGAUACCGGCUAGCAGAGGAAAGAGAAGAAAUGGAAGGGGUAAUACUUAGGAAAUAAGCUCAGAAAGAGAUAAGGAUUUGAGGAGAUCAAGUUAAGCAGUCUUGCGGUAUUUAUGCAUUUCCAGCCAGAGCGAAAAAGGAGUUCACGUAGGUAGCAUGUGAUCUAACACGUGUCAAACAAGACGUCUUGUGUUAUUAGAAGUAAACGAUUACCCCUAUUUGAAGAUAUCGUCUGGGUAUUACGAUGAUGGAUGGCCUUUGUACGAAGCACCUACUUAGCUACAUACAUAUUCGCUUGUGAAGCUUUUCACAACUUUUAGGGGUAGCUACAAGUAUCUAUAAUCUUUGUGCAUCGUGAUAUCCAAGUCAGAGUCGAUCACGGUAGUAAAGAAAGAAC